AGGCAAAAAAAGGUCACGUGACCUUUCACCCUCUCUUCCUUUAAAUAGCCCUUAGGCCGCUCCCUCUGUCCACCAAGCUAAAUCUCAGCAUUAAACUUCGUUAAUUUCUUCGAUAUAAUCAAUGGCCGCAGACAAGAAGAUUAAGAUCGGAAUCAACGGUUUUGGAAGGAUAGGUCGUUUGGUUGCCAGAGUUGCUCUGCAAAGGGACGAUGUUGAGCUUGUGGCUGUUAACGAUCCUUUCAUCUCAAUUGACUACAUGUCCUACAUGUUUAAGUACGACAGUGUUCACGGUCAGUGGAGACACCAUGAAUUGAAGGUCAAGGAUGAAAAGACCCUCCUGUUCGGUGAAAAGCCAGUCACUGUGUUUGGUAUCAGGAACCCAGAGGAGAUUCCGUGGGCUAAGGCCGGAGCCGAGUAUGUUGUUGAGUCAACUGGAGUUUUCACUGACAAGGAAAAGGCUGCUGCUCACUUGAAGGGUGGUGCCAAGAAGGUUGUUAUCUCUGCCGCAAGCAAAAAUGCUCCCAUGUUUGUUGUGGGUGUCAAUGAGAAAGAAUACAAGCCGGAAUUUGACAUUGUUUCAAACGCUAGCUGCACUACCUACUGCGUUGCUAUUCUCGCAAAGGUUAUCAAUGACAGAUUCGGAAUUGUUGAGGGUCUUAUGAGCACUGUUCACUCCAUCACCGCUACCCAGAAGACUGUUGAUGGACCAUCAAUGAAGGACUGGAGAGGUGGUAGAGCCGCCUCCUUCAAUAUCAUCCCCAGCAGCACUGGAGCUGCCAAGGCUGUCGGAAGAGUUCUGCCUGUUCUCAAUGGCAAAUUGACUGGCAUGUCUUUCCGUGUUCCUACCGUCGAUGUUUCAGUCGUUGACCUCACUGUCAGACUUGAAAAGGAGACAACCUAUGAUGAAAUCAAAGCUGCCAUCAAGGAGGAAUCUGAGGGCAACCUUAAGGGCAUUUUGGGAUACACUGAUGAAGAUGUUGUUUCCACAGAUUUCGUGGGUGACAGCAGAUCAAGCAUAUUUGAUGCCAAGGCUGGCAUUGCUUUGAACAAGAACUUUGUGAAACUUGUGUCUUGGUAUGACAAUGAAUGGGGAUACAGUUCUCGCAUAAUUGACUUGAUUGUCCACAUGGCAUCCACUGCUUAAACUGUUGCGGAUAAUCAGAGCCAGAGGCGUUGUCUUUCAUGAUUUGUUGGCUUAGAGUUUAUUUAUUUAUACAUGGAGCUGGAAUAAACAUGAGUUGUUUUAGAUGUUUAGUUCCCCUUUCUGGGUGAGAGUUCAGAGGGAUGUUGAAUAAUUUCAUGGUUUAUAGCCGGUCAGACAAGCCUCUUACCGAUUUCAAAUUCGUCAUUUCAAUAAUCAAAAGCAGAUUGUGUUAUUUCGUGAAAA